AUGGAGGACGACGACGAGACGGGAAAGGGAAAGAGACAUGGGAAAGGAAUCCCGGCGCACGAGAACCGGAGGAAGAAGCCUAAGGUUGAUCCAACCGAGUCUUCUCGGGCAGAUGAUACUGAUGCCUCAGAUCUACAAUAUUCAACUUCAAGAUGGCCUUCAACUAGCCCAGAAUCCGAAAUCGACCAACUCUAUGUGCCAAAAUGUCUUGCUGCUGGAAACUUUCCUUUAAACGUCAAGGAACACGAAGUGAUGAAAUUUUUUGAAGGCAAAGCUCAGAAAGUCGAGUUUGCUCGCAUCCGCAACAAGAGGAACCAAGUUGUAGCUAUUCAUAGCCUCAUCACUUUCGAUUCCGUUGAAGGAGCCACAGAGGGUCUUAAGUAUAAUGGUCAAAUGCUGCGGGAAUCAUCAAUCUAUGUUACAAGACAAGGGAAUAGCCGAAAAAUUCUCUGUGUUAGUGGAUUUGAUGGAAAGGCUGAAGAAGAGAUGAUGAAGAAACAGCUUUGGACUGAGUUUGCGUCACGUGGUGUAGAGGUGUUGAAGAUAUUUCUUCCAAGAAACAUCAAGACUGGGCUUUGCCUUGGAUUUUGUUACAUCCUUUUGGAGACUAAAGAUAUAAAACCAAAAAAACUCUAUCAGCCCAUCACAAUUGAUGGUGUGAAGAUUGCUGUGAGAGAUUCUACACUUCGAACAUCCUACUUGCCUGAAUUGCUUGGUAAAAAGAAUGUCACGGAAACCGAAAAGUCUCUUCUCAAAAAGGUGUUGCUACCGAUACCGCCUGGACUACACGACGCGUCUGGAGAGACGUUUCUUUGGGAAGCUACUAGACCGGACAUAAUUCCUGAGACUGUAAAACAGGACUCAAACGAUUGCUGGGCUAUUGCUCUUACACGGCAUCAUAAGGCAUUGUUGCAACUACAGAACAUAGUUGGACCAUUUCUGACACGUGAUCAACUCAAACGAGGUGUGGGUCCUGCUCAUGUGGUUUCGGGUCAAGGGAUCGACCGUCUCAAAAAUGCUGUCCCGUUCAUGAAGAGCAUUGGGUGUGAUAUGCAAAUUCAUAACCGUCCGAGGGGUGAUGACGUGAGGGAAUUCGAAGCUUUUGAAGAGUUUAUUGAACUUCUCUUAAAACAAGGACCUCUGAUGGUGAAUGUCGAGUGUACUCCUGGUUUUAGUGAUUUCAACGGAGAGGGAAUCUAUCUUCCAUCAGACAGUGACAUUUACCUACGAACCUUCGAGAAAUUCCCUACUCACUGCAUCUUGUUGACCGGAUAUGGUGUGAAAGAUGGGAAGCAGUAUUGGCGUCUACAAGAUUCCAAUGGACAAGAUUGGGGAGAAGGUGGGUUUAUAAUGAUGGAAAGGCAUAAAUGCCUCAUUAGAAAUGUCGUUGAGUUGAAGAUCGCUUGA